AUGUAUCCAGAUUUGUACAAGGGGCUAGGUUUGAAGCCAGAGGACCUAACAGUUUACAACUUCCCUCUAGUGAGUUUUGAGGGAAGAUUGGUCACUCCUAUGGGGCUAAUCAGACUGCCCGUACAGAUAGGCAUGGAUGUGGUGGAGGUGGAUUUUAUUGUUGUAGACGUUUUUUCUCCCUACACGGCUAUUGUGGGUAGGCCUUGGCUUCACACCCUUAAAGCGGUUUCCUCCACCUUACAUCAGAAGGUGAAGUACUCGUCCGGGGACCAAGUGCUGGAGAUUGUAGGGAGCCAGGCGGCUGCUCGGCAAUGUCAAGUAGCGGCUAUACAGCACCGCUUAGAAGUGCCAAGCAAUGGGGUAGAAUGUGAAGAGCUGGAAAAGGCAGUGAUCGCUGAUGAUCCAGAGAAGUUCUUCCGGGUUGGGGCCAAUUUGCCUUCGCAGGAGAAAGCAAAUUUGUUGGAGUUCCUCCGAGCCAAUGUAGACGUUUUUGCAUGGGACCCGUACGAGGCCCCAGGGGUGGACCCGAAUUUCAUUUGUCACCGACUCAACGUGAACCCUUCCGUUGUCCCAAAGAGGCAACCUCCUCGACGACCAUCAAAGGAGCAUGCCGAGGCAGUUAGAAGCGAAGUUGCCAAGCUCAAACAGGCGGGGGCUAUCGAGGAAAUUUUUUACCCUCAAUAG